AUGAAAUUGAAGAAGCUGCUGAUUUGGGUCCUGUGUCCAGACAUUAGGUCCUCCAACCUGUUGGGAUUUGUUCACACUGGUCGGACACUGGAAAAGGCUGCGAAUACCAGACGCGACACUAACACAGACGCAAAGACAGAGCUGCAGACAUGUUUGCGCGUGUGUUACAACGCCAAGAUGUGCACACAGGUGCAUGUUGCCAAGACACGUCGAAGCAAGCGGUCGGUGGUGGUGGGGGUUGAGCCAGGACGAAUGGGCAUGUGGAUUGUUGGAGAAGAUGGAAUUGCCAGGAUGUCUGGAUCUGGCUAG